GGUGUUUCCUGCUCUGUGCUGUCUGGUGUCCCGCUGGAGCAAGCAGUUUGCAAAGGAACUUCCUGAACCCCGACCCGCAGCCGCAGCGUUGCUUUGUAUUUGCUGUCGUUGUCUUGUUACUUGGAUCUCGUGACAGCUUUACAGGGGAGGAAGAUCGGGGCCCCUUCAGCAGCGUCGUGCAGAUUUCUGAGUUAUGACCUGGGCAGGUCCGUGCCCAGGUACUUUCUGGCUUCAUUCCAAGUGCCUCAAAAAUCCAUUGAUGUUUUGAGUUGGAUGGAUGUAAUCAAACUGGGAAAAGAGCAAGCUGUCUUCAAAGGCAGCGUGAAGCUAGAAAACAGAGAGGAAAAUCCACUUCACUGCAGAGACAAGAGGUUUGCCUCAGUGCGGGAUGUGCAAGGCUGGUUGCAUCUCCGGCUGCUCUCGCUGGCUGGCUCAUCAGGCUGUAAGGGUGCCGUGGUGACACCAGGAUCUCCGUAGCCAGCUUUGCCUGCGCUUGCCAGCCUAGCAGCUUGCUGCCACCACCACGGAAAGGCCAUGACCGCCUAGCGCUCCUUAGCUGCAAGGCCGGUUUGAGAUGGCAGCUCAGAGGAUCCGGGCAGCCAACUCCAGCGGCCUGCCGCGGUGCAAGUCGGAGGGGACGCUCAUUGACCUCAGCGAAGGGCUCUCGGAAAACAGCUUGAGCGAUGUCAAAGUGCCUUCCCCUAGUGCCUUGUUGAUUGACAAUCCCACAUCCUUUGGAAAUGCGAAAGAAGUAAUAGCAAUCAAAGAUUACUGUCCAACAAAUUUCACCACUUUGAAGUUCUCCAAGGGGGACCAUCUCUACGUCUUAGACACAUCAGGAGGCGAGUGGUGGUAUGCUCACAACACUACAGAGAUGGGUUACAUCCCUUCCUCCUACGUCCAGCCCGUAAACUACCGCAACUCUUCCUUAACGGACAGUGGGAUGAUAGACAAUCUACUGGAGAGCCCUGACGAGGGGGUCAAGGAGUUGGACCUGCUUGGAGAAUGGACUGACAUGAAAAGAAGCUCUGCCAAAACCUACAAUAAUAACCCUUUCUUGAAUGGCGUCCAGACAAACCCAUUUCUGAAUGGGAAUUUGCAAACAGUGCCCAGCUCUGAUAAUGAGUCCAACUCCAAAGCUACUGUUGACUUGCUGCUCUUUGACACAGGAGCUCCUACUUCAGCAGGUUCCAGUUCAGCCGCUAAUAGCAGCAUGGGUAACAUUUUCGAUGAGUUUCCGUCCACAAACAGGCUGGAGCUGGAACAGACCGUGAAACGGGACAAUCCCUUCUUCAGGAGCAAACGCUCCUACAGUUUGUCUGAGCUGUCCGUUCUUCAAGCGAAGUCGGACACUCCGAUGUCAUCGGGUUUCUUCAGCGGUUUGAAGUCUCCCACCCCUGAGCAAUUCCAGAGCCGGGAGGAUUUUAGGACGGCAUGGCUGAACCAUAGGAAGCUGGCCCGGUCUUGCCAUGACUUGGAUUUGCUUGGUCAAAGUCCUGGCUGGGGUCAGACACAACCCGUGGAGACCAACAUCGUCUGCAAGUUGGAUAGCUCCGGUGGAGCUGUUCAGCUUCCAGACACCAACAUCAGCAUCCACGUGCCAGAGGGUCAUGUGUGCCCUGGGGAAACGCAGCAGAUCUCCAUGAAAGCGAUGCUGGAUCCGCCGCUGGAGCUGAACAGUGACAAAUGUAGCACCAUCAGCCCAGUCCUGCAGAUCAAACUCAGCAAUAUGGAGGUGAAAACCUUCAUCAUUCUGGAGAUGAAGGUGUCAGCAGAGGUCAAGAACGACAUCAUGAGCAAGAGUUUGGUGGGAUUGCAGUGUCUGCGGAGCGACAUGAAGGAGGGGCCAUACACACCGAUGCAGCUGAGCUAUUCAUAUGGGGACACAAUACAAGUGCAGCUGGAGAAUCUGGAGCCUUGCAUGUACAUCGCAGCCGUAGCCCAAGGGCAGAACAUCCUCUACCCUUAUACUGUUUGGGAUUACAUCAGCAAGAAGAUCACUGUUGGCGUCUACGGCCCAAAACACAUUCACCCUUCCUUUAAAACUGUCGUGGCUGUGUUUGGGCAUGAAUGUGCGCCCAAGACUCUCCUGGUGAAUGAGGUCACACGGCAGGCUCACAAUCCUGCUCCCGUCGCUCUGCAGCUUUGGGGUAAACAUCAGUUCACUUUGUCCCGGCCUCAGGACCUCAAAAUCUGCAUGUUCUCCAACAUGACCAACUACGAGGUAAAAGCUAGUGAGCAAGCCAAAAUUGUGCGAGGCUUCCAGAUGAAGCUGGGCAAGGUCAGCCGCCUUAUCUUUCCCAUCGCGUCUCACGACCCCAACGAGCUCUCGGACUUCACGCUGAGAAUACAGGUCAAAGAUGACAAGGAUGCCAUUUUGACCCAGUUCUGUGUCCAGACACCACAGCCGCCUCCUAAAAGUGCCAUCAAACCCACAGGGCAGAGGCGGUUCCUCAAGAAGAACGAGGUUGGAAAGAUCAUCCUUUCACCUCUGGCUGCCACUGCUAAGUAUCCAGUUUUUCAGGACCGGCCGGUGUUGAGCUUGAAGUAUGGCAAACUGCUGAAAACUGUUGUGCGGCAAAACAAGAACCACUAUUUGCUGGAGUACAAGAAAGGAGAUGUCAUAGCCCUCCUCAGUGAAGAGAAGAUCAGGUUAAAAGGGCAGCUGUGGACAAAGGAGUGGUAUAUUGGCUACUACCAGGGGAAAAUAGGCCUUGUGCACACCAAAAACGUGCUUGUGGUUGGGAAGGUCAAGCCCAGCUACUUCUCUGGGCCUGAUCUCACUACCAGCCUGUUGCUUGAGCAAAUUCUGAGACCUUGCAAAUUUCUAACCUAUAUUUAUGCCUCAGUGAGGACUCUGCUCAUGGAGAACCUCAGCAGCUGGCGGUCAUUCGCCGAUGCACUGGGGUAUUUGAACUUGCCACUCACGUUUUUCUGUCGAGCGGAGCUGGACAGUGAGCCGGAGCGAGUGGCCUCCGUUUUGGAGAAGCUGAAGGAAGACUGCAACAACACUGAGAACAAGGACAGGAAAUCUUUCCAGAAAGAGCUGAUGACGGCUUUGCUGAAAAUGGACUGUCAGGGGCUGGUCGUGCGGCUCAUUCAGGACUUCGUGCUGCUGACCACAGCCGUGGAGGUGGCCCAGCGCUGGAGGGAGCUUGCUGAGAAGCUAGUCAAAGUCUCCAAGCAGCAGAUGGAUGCCUACGAGGCCCCACAUCGGGAUAAAACGGGGGUGGUGGACAGCGAGGCCAUGUGGAAACCAGCGUAUGACUUCCUACUCACCUGGAGCAGCCAGAUCGGGGACAGCUACCGUGACGUAAUUCAGGAGUUGCACACAGGGCUGGACAAAAUGAAGAACCCCAUUACCAAGCGCUGGAAGCAUCUCACUGGCACGCUGAUCCUCGUCAACUCCUUGGACAUGCUUCGGGCAGCUGCCUUCAGCCCACAAGAACAUGAAGAUUUUGCCAUCUAAGUGGGGUUUCCUGGAGCGAUCCAUUCUUCUGAAUUUCAUUUGUUGAUGGUGUCUUUAUUUUCUGCGUUUUUUCCCCUUUUUUGCAGUUGAUUUUAAAAAUAAGUGGAGAAUGCUCUCACCAGGUUUUAAGAGGCCAAAGUUUGCAAGUUCUCACCAGGACUGGAAAUCAGCAGGAGACAUCUCUCUUCCUGGUGGGAAGGCAUCCAGAGCAGAUGUUUUUUCUAUGCUAUAGGGAAUUGAUACUAGUUAAACUAUUUCUAUUAAAAAGUUUAAAGCUGGCAAGCAGUGAAGGGGAGUGGGAGGGAGGGAUCACAAAGAGAGAACACAUUUUUUAGGCAAUUACAAAUAAACAUCUAAUUUUGUAAUGAGCAGUAAAGGUUGUAACCACUUUAGGGGGAAGUUGUUGCUGUUUUUUAUGUUGUAGAAACUGCUUUUAAAUUAUCACUUUUGAGAUGAACAUCAAUCAUGUAAAUAUAUAUUCAAGACGAAGCACAGUGAAUGCCCUCUCCCCACCUCUGCUGUCGGGCUUUGGCUAACCGCCAGGCAUGACUCUCUGUAAAACACCAUAUCAGCUUGGGAUGUCUUCAAGCCAGCAAGCCUCUUACACCGAAAAGAAUCUCUUUUUCUUGGUCACAGGCCCCAUGACCCUUUUGGUUGUUUUUUUGUAUGUACUUGCGAACAUGCAUUUUCUCUUUUGUGGAUGGAGAGAUGCUCAUUGCCUAUUUUCAAGUGCACAGGUACCAUUUUUAACUGGGAGAACUGGCACUGCCCCUCACACUUGGCUGAGGGGAUGCUUCAUCCCAGCCGGUUGCUGCAGGGGACGUCUGGAAGAAGCUGGAGAGAGUUUUGGUUCAACAGAGACCUGCUCCUUGUGAUAGAGGCUGGAAAGAUGCUGGGAAUGGUUAAUCCUGCUAUUGCGGUUACCUGUGCUUGGACACUUCUCCCCUGGAGUUCAUGUUCUGGGGAAGUGGCCAGGAAAGCGGAGGGUGUUGUUGCAGUCUACAUAACCGUUUAAAAAAAAAAAAAAGGAAAAAGAGAAAACGUCUCACCUAACUUGAAAUCCAAUCCAAAGCUCACUGGAGACUUGUUGCUCACUGGAGAUCUGUUACGCGACAUAAUGCUCAUUGCCAUUGAUUUCAGCGGGCUUCGAAUUGGGCUUUCAAUUGGCUGAAUUGCAAUUUAACUUGUAAAUAUUCUUUGCUAUAAAACUGGUGCCAUUGAGCUAAAUAGUACUAUGUGGCACUAAGUGCCCAUACUUUUCCUCUUCUUUUUAUAGCUAACUCUUUUGAAUGACCUCCUUCUUCCUCCUGCUCCCUAGCUUUGAAAUAUUUUACAUGGGAGGAAAAUAUUUUUGCACAGAAAGAUGACUUUAUUUUAAGUGCAAAGUUCCUUUAUAGCAAAGCGCUGCUACCGCAGAAAGGUUAGUUGUUAAGGAUGCUUUUCUUUCAUGUUGAUCCAAAAGAAAACAACCUCAAAUUGGGAAAGAUGCAUCUUUUAAGUCCCAGAACUUUAUACUGAUAGGAGCACACAAGAAACAGGUUACUGUGGCCUUGCUGCCGGACAGGAUGGGCAUUUAUCAGCCCGUUGCAGGAGAUGGAAACGCUAGUCUUUUGUGUCUCCACUGCAAAGCUCCAAGUAGGUUUAGGAAGUUGCAGGUGACAUCAGCUCCCCAGCCAGAGCUGUGCUUGGGACAGUUUGGCUGGCAUUGUUCUAUGCCUCUUCUCUCUGUGACCUAAGAUAUAGGCAGCUUGAUGCAGCCUGCCUGGUCCAGGCAGUAUGUGGGCAUUUGAUGGGCUCUUGGUACACCGGCAGAUCAUGCUACCAGAGCAGUCUCUGAAGGGAAUGGUCCUCUUGUAAAGAACAGCCUGUCUGCUCUCAUAUCCUCUUCCAAAAAACAUAUUUGUUGCUCUCACUGGACCCGACAAAGACUGAAUAGCACCUUAAUUUCUCCUCAGGGGCUUUAAGGAGUUUCCUAUGCAACUUACCAUAGCACAGAAAUAGGGUCUGUCAGGCACCUGAGCCCACCAUGUAUCUGCUUUUUAUUAACAAAAUACAGGCCACCGUAAGAGCAUAUUUUCCAUGCACCAAGCAAAAAUCCCCAUUGCAUUCCCUCAUUGCAAACCAGAGAGGUUGAGCGCAAGCUGACAGGCAGAUCUGCUAAUGGACCAGCUCGUGGACAUGCCGUGCAGUUUUUCCUCAUGUGCUUUACCCAAAUACUGGCUUUUGCUCUUUGAACGGCAUGUACUGCACGAGGCUUUGGUCCUGCAAACAGAGCUGUGCUGGUCCAGAGCUCUGCAGAACAGCCCCCUGAGGCUUGGCAAGGGCUCUUCAAGGGCUUAAGCCAAGCCAGGUUGCUCGAGGCAAACGAGGAAAGAGGUAUGGGCAAGGGCCUUGCUUGUCUCCUAAGCAGCUGUUAGCCUUCAAGGCAGAAAUUUCAGCCUCCUGCGGUUCUGACAAGAUAGGGACAUCCCUGAAAAAUUUCAGCAUUUUGUUUUCCCCUGUUUUUUCUAACUACCUCAGGUACUCUGUACACCCAGCUUAACAUUUCAGUGGCAGCCUAAAAUACACCAUGCUCAGCUCUUCUACUGUAUGCAUCCUCCCUCAUCCUUCCUGAGCGCCACAGGAGCACAGCCGUCACAUUUUGGGACCCGUGGAAUAGCCGCUGCAUUAAUUUCUCCCCAUCCUCAGUCAGAAAUCCAGUCUCUCCUCAUGUAGUGGGACUGGAUGUACAUCCUUCAAACACCUUUUACCCAUUAAAUGUCAAGCCCUUUCCAAAACUUCUGUCUGGGCUUUGCAUUAUUACUACAGUUUGUGCAGUAACUGGUUAUUGUACUUAAUCUUUUUUUUUUUUUUUUAAGAAAAAAGGUUUUGGAAAAAAAUAUUGUGAUUAAAGCUGUUAUUAUUCCAGUGCUACUGAGUAGACCUCAUCUACUGUUGUUUCAUGGUCACAAGGCAGCUUUGAUGC